UGUUCGCGGUUGCGCCAAUAGGUAGAGGAUGUUGCUAGCAGCCAGUGUAGAUGCACAGCCUUUUUCCACAACAAUAACACCAACAAAAUUUGCAUCUCCAAGUACCCGAUUUUGAGGAUUAUACUUUGCGAACGCUAUCGGAAACCGUGCAUUGGAUCGUGCCACGCCGAAUUUUCAUCUGUAUUUCUGGCUUCGUCUUCUGUUGACAAUGGGAGCGGAGGGGUUUGCAAAUUUACAAGGCUCCUUAUUGCCGGAGCAGAAACAAGAAUCAUGGCUGGCCAGCUAGGCCGCAGAUGGAUUUUGCAGCCAACAGCAACAGUCUAUUAAUACAAAAUACUGUAUGUGGGCUUGGCACUAGCACAUAAAAAGUUGUGCUGAGCAGUCGGUAUUCUAAUCACACAAUUAUCAUAAAUUUUUGUGUCUUUUUCGGGCCAGCAGCCCAAGCUAGUGAGCCCACUAGCUUCACAACCUUGACUGGUUAACGUCUUGCCUUCGUAGUUAGCUCCUUUAGCGAGCUAACGAUAGCAUAGCAUCGCUUGGCCAGCCAUCAGCUGGUCAAAAACAUUAGGAAAAUACAUUUACUGUGGGAUUUACUCUCAUCGUUGCGUGCCCGGUAGGCAUCUGUAUUGCAAAUUCCUUUCGUAACUUCUGCUUCUGGAUGAAUGUGGGACAAAAUGGAGACCCCGACGAUUGUGUACGAUUUGGAUACCUCUGGGGGCUUAAUGGAGCAAAUCCAAACAUUGCUGGCGCCCCCAAAGUCCGAGGAGGUAGAGAAGAGGAAUCGGAAGUUGGUAAGAGACGUCCGAAGGAGCGGCAGGGCCACCAACCAUGACACCUGCGAUAGUUGCCGGGAGGGGGGAGACUUGCUGUGCUGUGACCACUGCCCUGCAGCAUUCCACCUCCAGUGCUGUAACCCACCACUAAGUGAAGAAAUGCUUCCCCCAGGGGAAUGGAUGUGUCAUCGCUGCAAUGUACGGAAAAAGAAGCGGGAGCAGAAAUCAGAACAAACCAACGGCCUACCAGAGAGGUCCUCGUCCAAGCGCUCUGCAUCCCCAGCCGUGGAGCUUGAGAUUAAUGCUGGCCCACUGCGGCUCGAUGGCCUGCCUCCAGGGGCUGGAGCAGCGGGACCAGGUUUACGAGUGGCCCAGGUACGCCUUUUGGAUCGCAGGACAAGCAGUAGACCUAGCAGCCGGCCUGGGACACCCACCUCCAACACUUCAUCCACCCCAACCCCGUCUGAGGAGCAGAAUGAUGGAGAGGAGGAAGCAGCUGAACCUGAGGAUGAAGUUCAGGGCACAGAGCUUGACUGUGCUACAUUGUCUGCUCCAACACCACGCCUUCUCAAGAGGCCCUUUCAGCUGCUAAUAGCAGCUGCUAUGGAGAGAAACCCUACACAGUUCCAGCUGCCCAGCGAGCUCACCUGCACCACUGCACUGCCAGGCAGCAGUAAACGGAGGAAAAAAGAAGAGCUACUAGGGAAGCCAUUCCGAAGGCCUCAGCAUGAACUGGAUCCUAAUGGUCUGGUCCCUCUACCAGUCAAAGUCUGCUUUUCAUGCAACAGGAGUUGCAGGUUGGCUCCACUGAUCCAAUGUGAUUAUUGUCCCCUUCUGUUCCACAUGGACUGUCUGGACCCCCCACUCACAGCUUUACCUGCUGGAAAAUGGAUGUGUCCAAACCAUGUUGAGCACUUAGUGCUGAAUCAGAAGAGCCUGAGUCUGUCCAGCCGCUGUCAGCUCUUCGACCAGUUCCAGGACAGGAUGUCACAGCAUGCUGUCAAGUUGGACUUUCUGCGUAGAGUCCAUCGUCGGAACGCACCCAACCGACGCACCACCCUCCAGCACAACAAGAAGACCAUCAAGGUUCCAGAUGCCAUUAAGUCCCACUACCAGAAUCCUCCUCCCAUGCUGCUUCCUGCAGGAGUGCACCAGGUGGAGCUGGUUUGUAGUGGUGUUCCUGAACAUCAGCCGUCAAAGCACCUCACCACAGAGGCCGAACAGCAGGAGUGGCUUCAGGAUGUCAUUGCCCUCCAGUGCAGCAUCAUGCGACACAUAUCCAUCAAGCAGAAUGCUUCACCCACAGCAUCCACCCCGUCAUCAGUAACAUUGCCAACAGAAUCAGAGUCUGAGCAGAAAACCAGUACUAAAUCUUGUGCAACAUCAGAGGGCAUGAAAACUCAGGCCUCUUCAGGAAGGACUUCUUCCCCUGACCUCUGCUCUAAACCCUGCAGUACACCUGCUGACCCCCAGGGGGCCUCUCUUUUAAGGGACACCCCAGCUGUUUGUCAAUGCAGCAUGACACCAUGUCAGAACUGUAGGAAACCCAAUGGACCUCUGGCAGAGGAGUGUCAGCCUCCCAAAGCCAAUGGACCUGUAGACUGUAACAGUUCCUCAGACACCUGCAGGCAGGCUGACCUGCAGUGCAGAGUGAAGCCUAGUACAACACCCCCAGAUUCAGCUCCUACCUCUGGUCUGGUGAACCACAUAGGUGCAAAAACGGUUAAAAAGGAGCCUGAAAGCACUACAGAGGUCUGUGCUCAGAAAAACUGCCCUACUGCCCUGACGAUAUGGCCCCAUAGCAGCCAGCAAAACCACAGGAACCAGACGGUGCUCCAGGAGGCGUGUAUGAGCAGCAAUGAAAAACCCUCCUACUCCAUCACCAGCAGUGCCCGCUCAGACACACCACCUAAAGGCAAUCAGGAACAUGACUCAACCAAGCUGAGAUCAUCAUCACCUACUCAAGAUAUAAAGGCUGGACCUGGACUAAUGGACUCCAUCGCUAACCUGUCCAGCUGUAUGAAAGAUGGAAAGGAUGAUGAUGGAGGGAUCGAGCUGGACAAACUGGAUGCAGAAAUGAUCAAGCUCUUGGCCUGGCAGAGGAUCCAGCAGCUUUUCCCCCCUAAAGCACCUAGCACUCUGCUUCCCCCAGCAACCAGCAAUGCCCCAAAAACUCCAUCACCCCACCUUGAUAGUCAGAAGAAGGUGCAGGCCCGGGCUGUCUUCUACCCACUGACAGGAAAAGGAGGAGCUGUCAGCAUGUGUUAUAGGACGUUAUACAUAGGAUCUGGAGCUGACAUGGAUGUGUGCCUUACAAACUAUGGUUAUUGCAACUAUAUAUCGGGGAAACAUGCCUGUAUUUUCUACGAUGAGAAUACCAAGCAUUAUGAGCUGCUCAACUACAGUGAGCACGGCACCACGGUGGACAACGUCCUCUACUCAUGUGACUUCUCUGAGAAGGUCUCACCAUCUCUACCCAGUGGCCUGGUGGCCAAAGUGCAAGGCAUCAUUCGUCGCAGUAAGAAGCGCGAGGAGGGUGAGAGUCCCAGCUCUGUGGUGGGUUUGUUGCCAGUUGGUGGAGUGAUGAGCAGCCAGCCUCACGGCAGCACCGAGCUGUUGUGCACCUGUAAGGCAAGCAGUUCCAGCCUGAUCGGAGGCAGUGGGGCAGGGUGGGAGGGCACAGCUCUGCUCCACCAUGGCAGCUAUAUUAAAUUGGGCUGCCUUCAGUUUGUCUUCAGCAUCACAGAGUUUGCUGGUAAGCAGCCCAAAGAGGAGCCGACCGCCACAUCCGCCACCAGUUGUGCUAGUACCACCACCAGCAGCAAUGCAGCAAGCACCACUACCAACACCACCCCCAACUCCACCUCCACACCACCACUGCCCAGCACUGCCACAGUGAGCAGCCCUUCCAGCCAGGAUGAGGCUGACACCGAGACUGUCCCUCCCCACCAAGUGCCCGUACUGCACUCCAACUCUGUUCCGUAACCCACGCAGGAAGUCCUGCCCUCCCUCCUUUUGUUUUGCACCUUCUGAGUCACAAUGAAGGGAAAGCUGCACAGCUGGUUGGUCAACAGGGAAAAGUUUAUUUUUUCAUUUUAUAUCUUUGCAUGAACUUGAAGUAUUAUUGACAAUCUCUUCUGUUUUUGAAUGACUGACAGUAACCUUCUUUUCACUUCAGACCAUUAGGAGUUUGAGCAACAUUAUUUACCUUUGCUCAAUUUUUCUUUUGCCAGUAUAUUAGUUAUGUAUGGUGUAACAUUAUUCUGUCAGUCAUCCCAUUUAGCACAGACCGUUUAUUUUGUAGUACUGAAUUCCAUACAUUCUAAUUUCUUUUGCUGCUUUUGCACCACAGGUAGCUAUAUAUGUAUAAAACAUAUAUGCUUAUACACUAUGAUAUAUGUAUAUAAUGUAAAUAUAUAUAAUUCAGUGCCUCUCAAUUGGAGAAACAUUGGAUUUCAUGUAGAUUUACCAUUUUUUGGUUUUUAACUGUACAGUUCAUGGAAUUUGUGAUACUGUGUAGAGUACCAGAAGUUUUGUGAUAAAACUUGUUCGUAGUCUAUAUUUUCCGCUGUAGUCCAUCUGUAAAUACCGUAUUGUUUUAGCACUCAUUUUAACAUCCUGUGCUGCUCUGUAUAUAAGCACUCUUUGUCUGUAUCUGCUUGUCUGUUCAAACUUGUAAAUACAGAAAGAUUUUCUAAGAACAAACUCAA